UCUUGCACACAGAAGAGGAAACCAGAAAUGGGAACUUCAAGCUCUUCAAUGCUUUCAUUGCUUUCAAUCAUUCUUUUGCUAUCUCUUUCAUGGGCAGCUUCGGAUUCUGUUCAUGGAGCUUUUCUCCAAUGCCUUUCUAACCGUUCUCAGUCUUCUCAUCCCAUUUCUGCAGUACUAUACACUCCUGAUAACUCUACAUAUUCGUCUGUUUUAGAGUCAUACAUUAGAAACCUCCGAUUCAAUACAUCUACAACCCCUAAACCGCGCCUUAUCAUCACCGCCACCCAUGAGUCUCACAUACAAGCUGCCAUUAUUUGCUCUAAGAAGCAUGGCUUGCAGAUGAAAAUUCGAAGCGGUGGCCAUGACUACGAGGGCGUGUCUUAUGUAUCCGAUGUCCCAUUCUUCAUCCUUGAUAUGUUCAAUCUUCGAUCCAUUAGUGUGGAUAUAGAAGAUGAGAGUGCUUGGGUUCAGGCCGGAGCAACUCUUGGUGAAAUUUACUAUAGGAUUGCCGAGAAAAGCAAGACUCAUGGCUUUCCUGCUGGUGUAUGUCCUACGGUUGGUGCUGGUGGCCACUUCAGUGGUGGCGGUUAUGGUAAUAUGAUGAGAAAGUACGGGCUGUCUGUUGAUAACAUUGUGGAUGCAGAGUUGGUUGAUGUUAAUGGCCGACUUCUCAACCGAAAAUCAAUGGGGGAAGACUUGUUUUGGGCCAUUAGAGGAGGAGGUGGAGCUAGCUAUGGCGUCAUUGUUUCUUAUAAAAUCAAGCUUGUCCAAGUUCCAGCUACAGUAACUGUUUUCCGAGUUGCAAGGACCUUGGAACAGAAUGCAACAAACAUUGUGUAUCAGUGGCAGCAAGUUGCAGAUAAGGUUGAUGACGAUCUAUUCAUCAGACUAACCAUGGAUGUGGUGAAUAGCAGCCGGAGUGGAGAGAAGACAGUAAGAGCUACAUUCCUCUCCUUGUUCCUUGGAAGUUCUGAAAGACUUCUCUCCAUCAUGAACACGAGCUUACCAGAGUUGGGGUUGCAGAGCUCAGACUGCACUGAGAUGAGUUGGGUAGAGUCUGUUCUCUUCUGGACAAACUUUGCCAUUGGAACUCCUGUUGAGGCUUUGCUUGAUCGAAACCCUCAAGUACUCACCCACUUGAAGAGGAAAUCAGACUAUCUGAAGGAACCAAUUCCAAAGGCUGGUUUGGAGGGGAUAUGGAAGAAAAUGAUCGAGCUACAGACGCCAGCUCUGACCUUCAACCCUUACGGUGGAAAGAUGGCUGAGAUUUCCCCGUCUGCAACUCCUUUUCCACACCGCGCAGGGAACCUAUGCAAAAUCCAGUACGCCACAAACUGGGAUGAGGAAGGGAGUGAGGCGGCCGAACGAUACAUAAACUUGACCCGACAGCUCUACAGUUACAUGACUCCCUUUGUUUCCAAGUUCCCCAGAGAGGCGUUUCUCAACUAUAGGGAUCUGGACUUGGGUAUCAACCACAACGGUAAGAACAGCUACUUGGAAGGAAGAGUUUAUGGGAUCAAGUAUUUCAAGAAGAAUUUCAACAGGUUGGUGCGGAUUAAGACCAAGGUUGAUCCUGGUAACUUCUUCAGAAAUGAACAAAGCAUCCCAACUCUUCCCUAUUAAAUGGUUACUAGAUUUCUGUCUCUAGACAAUACCUUUCUGAUUGCUUCAAUACAUGGUAUAGAAAAGAAAUAAUAAGUGGAGAGCUGUGUUUCAUCACUGCAGAUCUGCAUGCUUCAUUUUUUCUUUCAUGGUACAAAAUAAGAACACAUUGUUAUGUAAAGCAGCUGUGGUAUCCGAAAAUUCAUAUAUGUCGCUGCAUUUACAACUUAUUUGGGGUGAAUUAUAUCAUUCAGGGCCAUAGGUUCAAAACCCA